UCACACUACUCAGAAUUAUCAUGCAAUACAACCUUCCACAUUAAGAGUUAAAAAAAAAAUAAAAAGGCUUACUAAUUACCUCGAAAUUUUAAAAAUAAAUAAACAAAAAACUUGUGAAGAAUAUUGUGGGAAUAUCCUGAAUUUGUGUGAAUUUAUUGAGUUAUGACCUUUUGAACCCACAUGGAAACAUAUACACUCAAACUAAAAACCUCAAUUUCACUGUUCACACUCAUUACAGUUUGCCUGUUCACAUCUUUGGUCAUUUUUAGCCUAUAAAUACAUCCAUAACCAGUGUUAUUAGUACACCACUACAUGCUUAGCAAUAACAUUUUUUUUAUUAAAUAAUAGUUUAAAUCCAGAAAGCCAUUAAUAUAGUAAAUUAUGGCAAUGAUAAGAUCUCAAAUUUCAGUGUUCAUAAAUUUCUUGUUCAUCAUUCACUACUUUUUAGUUUUCUACCUUGCUCAAGGUUAUGAUUUCUUCUACUUCGUUCAACAGGUACGUCUACCUAGUAUCGGACCACUUCCUGGUUUAAAUUUAGGCGAUAAUUGGCCAGGAUCAUAUUGUGACACUAAGGAUAGCAGCUGUUGCUACCCUACUACAGGGAAGCCAGCCUCAGACUUUGGCAUCCAUGGAUUAUGGCCUAACAACAAUGAUGGCACUUAUCCAUCAAACUGUGAUUCCAGCAACCCCUAUGAUGAAUCCAAGAUUUCAGACCUGAUGAGCAGAAUGCAACAAGAUUGGCCGACCCUGGCCUGUCCAAGCAACAGCGGAUCGUCGUUCUGGUCGCAUGAAUGGGAAAAACACGGGACAUGUUCCGAGUCUGAACUCGACCAACACACUUAUUUUGAGACCGCUUUAAAUCUCAAGAAUCAAACUUAUCUGCUCCAGAUUCUCGAGAGUGCAGGAAUCCAGGCAGAUGGAAAUUCUUACAACUUGAGCAGCAUACAAACCGCAAUUGAAAACGCAGUGGGAUAUGCUCCUUGGAUACAAUGCAACAGUGAUGCAGGUGGCAAUAGCCAGCUGUACCAGGUUUACUUCUGUGUCGGACCUUCGGGUUCUAACCUAAUCAAAUGCCCUGUUUUCCCCACAGGAACUUGUGCUUCCAGUAUUAAGUUCCCAUCUUUCUAGUAUUCUGGGAAUUGAAACUCUUUCAUUUCUAUUUCGUCCUUAGUUCCUUCUACUGUUAAACACUGCAACCCAGCAUAGCAUAUAUCAUGAAAACACUUCUUCUCCUACAAGGAUGUAUGUUUUUAUCGCAUGCAGCAAAAAAAAAAGUUAUUGUAUUGUAAGUGAUGUUCUGACUCAAUGAAGUCUUUCUUCAUUUGGUUAAUUUUCA